AACUACAGACCCAGUCCUUGUCGCUUCUCUCUGUCGUUUUUUUUCCUUCUAAAUCCUAAAAAAAGAAAGAAAAAUUCUAAUUCUAAUUCGAAAAAGCAACAAAAUUAUUUAAUCGCUUAAUUAUUUCCUUUAAAUUCUUCUUCCUCUUGCUUCAUUGGUCACCAAUAGCCACCCACCCGCCCACCCAACGAAAAUCAGUUUAAAAUCUUUCUCAAAAUCCACAUCAACAUUCCUUCUUUCCACUCGUACUUUUACGAACACGUAGAAAAUACAUACGUAUAGAUAGAAGAGACGGUGAUCGACCGAAUGGCGCCGAGGAAGUACUUGAUUGAAGUAGAGAAAGCAAAGGAAGCUAAGGAUGGAAAGCCAUCGAUUGGUCCUGUGUAUCGUAGUCUUUUCGCUAAAGAUGGGUUUCCUCCUCCGGUUCCUGGACUUGAAAGUUGCUGGGAUGUUUUUCGGAUGAGCGUAGAGAAAUAUCCAAAUAAUCCAAUGCUUGGUCGUCGUGAGAUUGUCAAUGGCAAGGCUGGAAAAUAUGUGUGGCAAACUUAUAAACAAGUUUAUGACGUGGUGAUCAAAGUUGGAAAUUCAAUUAGAAGCUGCGGUGUUGAACCGGGUGCGAAAUGUGGUAUUUAUGGUGCUAAUUGUGCAGAGUGGAUUAUGAGCAUGGAGGCCUGCAAUGCUCAUGGCCUCUACUGUGUUCCUUUGUAUGACACAUUAGGUGCUAGUGCAGUGGAAUUUAUUAUAUGCCAUUCAGAGGUCUCAAUUGCCUUUGUAGAAGAGAACAAAAUUUGUGAGCUGUUGAAAACAUUUCCUAAUUCUACACAGUACUUGAAAACAAUUGUGAGCUUUGGCAAGGUUGCUCUCAAAGAGCAAGAAGAGAUUGAAAAAUCUGGCUUGGCAGUAUAUUCUUGGGAUGAGUUUUUAAAACUGGGGGAGAAUAAACAAUAUGAACUCCCAGUGAAGAAGAAAGAGGAUAUCUGUACAAUAAUGUAUACUAGUGGAACAACUGGUGAUCCCAAGGGAGUGCUGAUUUCAAAUGACAGCAUUGUCACUCUUAUAGCUGGAGUGAAAAGGCUAUUAGAAAGUGUGAAAGAAUCGUUGACUUCAGAGGAUGUAUAUCUUUCAUACCUUCCCCUUGCUCAUAUAUUUGAUCGGGUGAUUGAGGAGUUAUUUAUUCAACAUGGUGCCUCUAUAGGGUUCUGGCGAGGGGAUGUAAAAUUAUUGAUUGAAGACAUUGGGGAGCUGAAACCAACUAUUUUCUGUGCUGUGCCCCGUGUUUUAGAGCGAGUUUAUUCCGGCUUGCAGCAGAAAGUUUCAACUGGUGGUUUUUUGAAAAAGACAUUGUUCAAUGUAGCAUACUCACACAAAUUCAGUUCUAUGAAGAAGGGGCUUGCACACCACCAAGCAUCUCCAAUCUGUGACAAAAUUGUCUUUAAUAAGGUGAGGCAAGGGUUGGGAGGAAAAGUGCGGCUUAUUUUAUCUGGAGCAGCACCUCUUUCUAAUCAUGUAGAAGCUUUCCUGCGAGUGGUGUCAUGUGCUCACGUUCUGCAAGGAUAUGGUCUGACUGAAACCUGUGCUGGGACUUUUGUGUCACUGCCAAAUGAAUUGCCAAUGCUUGGCACAGUGGGCCCUCCUGUACCAAAUGUGGAUGUCUGCCUAGAAUCUGUUCCUGAGAUGGGAUAUGAUGCUCUUUCAAGCACCCCACGUGGAGAAAUUUGUAUUAGGGGGAAGACCCUGUUUGCAGGUUACUAUAAACGUGAAGACCUCACUGAAGAGGUCCUGAAUGAUGGGUGGUUCCAUACAGGGGAUAUUGGUGAAUGGCAACCUGAUGGAAGUAUGAAAAUUAUUGAUCGCAAGAAGAAUAUAUUCAAACUCUCGCAAGGAGAAUAUGUUGCUGUUGAAAACUUGGAGAACAUUUAUAGUCUUGUAUCUGAUAUUGAUUCGAUAUGGGUUUAUGGGAACAGCUUUGAAUCAUUCCUUGUUGCUGUUGCCAACCCCAAUCAGCAAGCACUUGAACAUUGGGCUCAAGAGCAUGGUAUAAGUGGGGACUUUAAAGCCCUUUGUGAAAAUCCAAGGGCAAAAGAGUACAUGCUCGGAGAGCUCACCAAGAUUGGGAAAGAAAAGAAGUUGAAGGGCUUUGAAUUUAUAAAAGCUAUUCACCUCGAUCCUGAGCCAUUUGACAUGGAGCGUGAUCUCAUCACUCCAACAUACAAGAAAAAGAGGCCUCAGCUUCUCAAAUACUACCAGAAUGUUAUCGACAACAUGUACAAGAGUGCAAGCAAGCCCAGUGCCUAAGAAAUAUAACUUUAUGGAUCCUGAUAACUUCGCUGUUCAGCAGGAUCGAUGAUGCUAUUUAUAUUUUUGUUUUCAUAUUUUUGUUUUGUUUUAGUGACUGUACAUAAAGUUAUUUCUAUUUAUAGACGUUGCAAUUUGUAUCGAAAGUGGCAUCUUUGCUUUGGAUGACAAUGGAAAAUGACAGAUAUUUUUCUUAA